UUCACUGAGCCAUUUGUUUUCGCUCCCCUGCCCCUAAUGCCCUACUCCCUCCCUGUUUACGCACCAUGAACACUGACCCAGCCCCCAUGCUGUUUCGUCCCCUCGAAGUUGUUCCUCCACGGCAGUGGCCAUGCCGGUAAGUUCUUCGACACCGUUCACCUCUCUCUCUCUCUCUCUCCCCACAGUGAGUGUCACCGUCCUCACACCGGAGCAGACUGUCCUUUCUCUCGACCACUGUAAGCCUUUCUACUUUUUUUUCCCGUCUUUGUGUACGAAACCGCAAACCGCGGUGACUCCAACCCACCGCCGCCGUUCUCUACACUACGACACCACCGUCGAAAGUUGCCCGACUGCUGCCGGUAAUCCCACUUCGCGCCACCGCAAUUGUCGUCCGUCAUACACGUUGGUGCAGCAAUUUGCUGCAGAGAUUGGGUGGCUGCAGAGUCUUGGUUGGUGUCGAAUACAACAAAAUAACGAAUGGUGCGGGGUUGGUUUCACACUGCAGGUGGUUUUCAAUAAUCACCCCCUCUACCCAAGUGUGCCAUACCAGACUGCUUGCAAACUGAUUCAUUCUUCAAAUGAACGCACAUCAUUCUUUGACAUAAAGACUUCUGCUAUCGAAUACGCUCUAAUGUACCCUAGGGUGCUCAGCAAUGUACAAUACUAAUCAAGUUCAAACAGUGUUGGAACUUGAUCUUUGUGACGACUUUUUUCAACAUAUCUGCUGGAUUAUCUUUAAUGCCAAUCUUCUGAAGUUUGAUA